GUCUAGCUCAGGACAGGGGCACCAACAGCAGGGUCCGUCCUGGAGUGCAGACGGCGCAUUGCCCUCGGAACCCCGGCGGUCGCCGGCCCAUCGGCGUAGAGCCAACCCCGUGGAGGGCCCCUUCUCCUCUGGCCACAGCCUGUCCAUGCAGGAGGGGAGCGUUGGGAGUCCGAGCUGCGGUGUUGCGGGCGGCCAUAUGGCUGCCGCCAUGGCUUCGCCCUUCCGGCCGCCCACCGUCGGCAGAUACCGUGUGCCAGCUGUCACAACAACAGCGUCGUCGCCGUCGGUCCGAACGCCUCUGCCGUCUCACACCAGUGGUGCAAUGCAGCAGCAGGAACCCGACUCAGCGGUAUCAACCGACGCGCUUCACACCAUCCUCUCAUCGGAGGCCACUCCUGGCACCGUCGUGGUCCUGCGCAGCGGCUCAAACAGCUCUAUCAGCAUGCCCAGCAUGUCGCCACCGCUGGGGUCAGCUGCGCCUGCACGCGGGCCAGCUGGCGAAAAUGGAAGCGGCCAAGAGCCGUCGGCAGGUUCUGUAGCCGUUGGUACUGGCGGCGAUUCCAACGUGUGCAGCCCCCUAGCUCGUGAAGCCUCGAUUGGCCGGGGCUACACGGUUUGGUCCGACAAUCCAGCAUACCUGCGCCAUAGCGGUAUGUCUACCGGCUCGGUGCUUGAGCUACCAACCCGCAGGCAGCCAAGUGAUUUCCAGCGCCAAGAGGAGGAGGCCUCAUCCGCAGCAGCAGGGCGGCGUUUGGAUUCCACGCCUGAGUGUACACCAUCCGUAAAGGGCGACAAGUUGCGCGACGCAGCAUAUGGCAGCAUGAGCAUCGCUGGGGUCUCCACGCGUCGAGUUGCUGGUGUGGCGUUUGCGGCGAGCACGGAGGGCACAGGUGUUUUGAGCCACAGCAGCGGUGACGACGGCCGGCCUGCUCCCCGGACAUCGGAUAGGGAGUUAGCCUCCGAGGCGGCUGCAGCUUCGUCGUUCAGCCAUGGUGCCAGUGGCUCUUAUCGCUUUGUGCAGGGGCAUGCGAGCUCAGAGGGCUCCGAGCUAAGCAGCCGCGUAAGCGGUGUCACCGCAUCCGACGGGGCUAGUCAUCCGUCACAGAUCCUGACUGUUGGCGCCUCCAGUGCCUCUCGGUCUCACCUCUCGGGUGGCUCUAACGGUGCUUUAAUGCGGCCGCCAUUGCUACCCGGACAACAGAGCGCCACCGGAGCGUCGCUGGCAAGCUUUAGUGGCCGCCCGCUCGCGGUUCGUCGUCGGUCCUUAGGGCAGCCCGCCAGCCACUCGGUUCGGAUUAUACCAGCUAAGUCUGCUCACAGUUCAUCAAGCUCCUAUGGCUCCGGUAGUGGCCCCAGCGCUGGGCGAAUUGAGCGUCGUAUCACAUGGCAAGCCGGCUCCUUUGGCGACCAUCUGGCGGCGGCUGUGGGGAGCAAUGCGGGCGACGGCGCAGCCACUGCUGGCCCGAACAACGAACACGGCAACGGAGGGGCUAGGCGGAGGAGAAGAACCGCGCAUUCGUUCACGCGCAGCAGUGAACGUGCGCUGCCGGCCAUCCGUGAGGCACUUACACCCAUGACAUCCGCAGAUGCAUCUGCUGCCAUGCAGACACCGUCUGCGUCAGUAACAGCGUCGCCCGCUGUCUGCGGCCGGCGCAGGUCCCGCGUGCAGGUUCGACGCCGCACUGCUGACGACGUGCUGGCAGAGACACCCUUACGCCUACGCAACGGACGUGUUCCAGACCUUAUGACCGCACCUUCCGGUGGAGCCGCGUCUAUGGCUGCCGCCGAGCCGCACCAAUCAGGGCUAGCCAGCAACGGUACCCGGCUCCCGAGGCGUAUCAGUGAGCAGCUGGCUGCCGCGAGGUCCCUUGUGCAAUUGAAGCAGCUCCAAAGCGCCUAUGCGGAGCACGUCGCCCUGCAACCAACCCAGCACCUGUCCCUUAAACAACAACUGGAGGAGAUGACUCGGGGCCAUGGGAUUGACACUCAUGGACGGCUGCUCCGACAAUCGUCGCUUGGGAGAGGCCGCAGGCAGGGUUCCAUGCAGCCUAGCUACAAGCAGCUGGGGCCGCGGGAUGGGUCGUCCCGCCGCCUAGUUGCAAACCCGCUCGAGCUGGCAAAGAGCGCCAUGCAAGCAGUGCCGCGGCUCCCGAGCAUAGCCCGCAACAUGGGCGAGAGGAUUGUGGAUGGGGGCCACCAUGUCCUGCAGGGCGGCACCGAUGUCGUGACCAAGGUUAGCGGCGCCAUCGUCCUGGGAGGACAGCAGGUUGCGACACGGGUAGCUGACACGCUGAUCGCUGGAGGCCAGGAGGUCAGAGAGAUAGUGGUUGAGGGCACCGAGCUGGUCAUCGCGGCCGCCAAGCCUAAGAUCAAGCACAGCCUCAAAACGGUAGCCUGGCAGGUAACCGAAGCCAUGCGGAAGCGCAAGCAAGGCGACAAGCCCGAGCUCGUCAAGGACGCGGAGAACAAGUCGCCGGACGCCACCAAGAAGAAGAAAAUGGACCUUGCCCCCAAGGUGCUGCUGCUGAACCUGCACAACAGCCUGGCUACGAAGGAGGAAGACCACGUGUGCCGGCUGUCCCUGUACGCGCCCUUCUGGGUGGACAACCGCUCUGGCUUCGACCUAAUCUUCAAGGACAUGGAUGCACCGGCGGUCAUCGACAAGCUGCCCUUCUUACUAUGGCACCCUGUCGGUGCGCCGGGGGUGAAGACGGAUGCUGUUUCCCUCGACAGCCCUAUCGAGGCCGCCGGCUUUCAGCCUUAUGCGAGCACGCCACGCUUGCAGUCUCACGGCACAGGGCGGCGCAAGGCUCCAUUGAGUCAUCCACACAAGGCUUCCCUCCUCAACGAGCAGUCCCGGACACGGUUCCGUGUUGGCGACGAGCGCUACUCGAAGACGGACUUCUGUGCGGCUUUCACGGUAUCCACCACGAGCCAAAAGUACUCGGUUGACAUCAAGGCCGAGAAGCACGAGGUGCUGUUAGAAGACAUGGAGGCCAUGUUGUCAAGGGGGGCAACCGGAUUCGCAAGUCCGUCGGGUGGAGAUGGGCGUCGCGGAAGCCAUCUGGACCGCUUAAUCACGGGUAUUGACUCACCGAGGACGCUGGUCGACCCUCCCCGCUUCCGCAAGAGCCCAAGUGCUCCCCGGGUGGGUGAGCCAGAACGGCCCACGCAACUGCUGCCGCUUCCAGGGCUUCCCCCGGCGCAUAUGCAGCAUGACCUUGCGCCCAACACGACCACCCCGGCGUCACAGCCUGCCGCAUCUAAGCGCCAGCUGCGGGUGGAACUGCCUGAGGCAGGGCAAGGGCAGGGCGUGGGGUUGUCCGCCCUGCAAGGCGUGCCUGGGCAACCUCAGGCAGCCGAGCAGCCCGCGGAAGCAGUCGUGGUGCAGUUGGCUGCUCAAGAGCCUCUUGGGGUGGUACCCAGCGGGUCGGCGGUGUGUCCCGACGACGCCACCUUGCAGCCAGCCAAGCCUGCCGACGAGGAUCUUGCCGCCCUACCUGCAUGUACCGAGCCGGCUUUGGAGAGGCCGCUGAUAGUGCCGCCGCUUCCACUAGCGCAACACGCAGACACGGGAGCCGGAGAUUGGGUGUCGGCGCCUGAGAUUACGCCCGUAAAGGAGGAAGCCGUCGUUGGUGCAGGGCCUUUCCAGCUGCGUUCGCACUUUCCAUUGCCAAGCCUGGCUGACAUCCCGGAGCACCCUUCGCCCGAUGCCGCGUCAGCCGCCGUGGCGCCGUUGUCUCCCGCCAUGUCAGCCCGCACAGCCAUAUCCAUUCCAACCUGCGGCGCUGAUCGUGUCUCCAGCAUCGGGACACCGUGCCUCACGCCGGUGGCGGCGGCGGCUCCUCGUGCUGGGAGGUUCAACAUCAACGACAUGUCAACAGCGGACGAUGGCGACGUGCAGCGGAACACACGUAACACUCGUAGUGGCGAGGGGGGCAGCGCGCGCGGCAGCGGUGGGGCACACAAGGCUGGCGUGAGCAGCAACCCCGCGUAUACGCUGCUAAGCCAAGUCUGUGAGCGCCAGCCGAAGACCGUGGCUAUCCGCCGCAUGUAUCAGUUCGCGGUGGAGGUGUGGCCUGCGCCCAACAGCACCGUGUUCAGGCGGACCAAGAUUAUCACGAUCAAGAACAAGUACCUGAUCCUUAACGCAACGGGCCUGACCAUCGAGUACAAGCAGAAGGGCACGCCCGAUCCGUUUGACAUGGCCGGUCGGCAAGAGUACGGCAAGGGGCGGCGCUUUUCGGGGGUACUGGCGCACAACUGGCGCGCUGCUUGGCAUUGGGACAAUGCCUACGCCGAGCAGGAACUUAUGAUUCGUCCGGCGGGUGAUGACUGGGAGUGGUCGGGCAGUUUCAAGCUGCCGGAGAACGAGGACUACUUCGGUCUUCGCAUCCGCCACCGCCACACCCGGGAGUAUGUUAUUAUUCCGGUCAACAUUACCGUGGGAGCUGCAGGCUCUGUGCUGGUCACCUUGAAGAGCAAGGAGUCCGUGCCGCCGUACAUGAUUAUUAACCGCUGCCGUGACGUCGUCAUCCGUCUGAAGCAAGCGGAGUGGGCCGGUCGCUCGUCUACUGGUCGCUUGAUUUCAUCGGACACCCCUUGGGACGACUGGGACGAGAUUGUGCCCAACGCCAACGCGCCCAUGCCUUUCGCGUGGGACGAGCCGCGGCUGAAGCACACGGUCAGGGUGGUUGCUACCGCCCAGCGAGACGCGGCUCCCAAGAACGCUAACCCCAUCGAUGUCAACCUGGACGCUGUGGACGCCAACACCAUCAUCUACGUGCAGUCCCGCGCCAUGCACCCGCACUUCCUGCCGCUGGCGGCGCGGACGGACCAGCGCGAGCGGAUGAAGUACCUGUCUGAGAACGCCAAGAAGGUGUACGUAACGGUGUACGCAGAUGGUCCCACGCGCGUGCUGUGCUUCUCUGAGGACCGCACCGGGAUGGCCAACAUGGAUGACGAGAACAGCCUCAUAAACCUGUCCUACCGGCUGCAACAGGUGGCCACGCGGCUCAAGGAGAUUGAGCACCGGCUCGUCUUGCAGCUAGGCAACGCGCAGGAGCAAGCCCGUGGAGUAUUGGCACCCGUGGGCAGCGUCAGCCAGGCGGCAGCGACCGCAUCGGCGGUGCCUGCGGCAUCACCAGAUACGGAGCGGCACCCGGCCUCUAUCUCCCACGGGAAUGCCACCGGCACGGGGUCUGUGUCCACGAUGUUGGGGCCCAGCUCAUUUGCGGUGGGCUCAAGCACCGCGCGGCGUCCUGCGGGCAGUGCCUGGUCAGUGGUGCGGGGAGCCCUCCUGGGGUCCACCGGUGGUGUCAUGACUCCACCGUCGCUGCGCCAAGGCCUGCCAGCUUCCCUCACGGGCUUGGGCGGUGCUAACAUCCAGCGGAAUGCGUCCAUCAGCCGGAAUGCCAGCACCGGGACGUGCGCUCCCGCGCACGGUGCAAGCCGGAUGCAGUCCCUCCAAAGUGCCCUUCCUGGCCGGCCCCACCACACCCGCAGCAUGUCCGGUCAGGGCCACGGGGUGAACCAGACCCCGUCCCUGCCACCUGGCCCUGCCGUCUCGGGCCUGCCGCAGCUACUUGCGGCGGCACCCGUUGGUGCGGCAGGAGGCACCCUGUCGCAGCUGCUGGAGCAGCUGCCCGCGUACGGGAAUGACGUGGACGUGCCCUACGGUGGCGACCUCGCCGUGGUCCUGCGCUACGUGGAGGGCCUGACGACGGAAUUCAGGAGCAACGAGAAGCUGCUGGCGGUGGAGGCCAAGAUGGUGGUCCACUCCAGCGACCCAAGCUUGAAGGACAGGCAGGAUCACGUGCAGGCCACCGCAAGUUGGAUCCAGAUUGCCGAUCCUUAUGCUGGUGGGGGCUGGCUGGGUGGGGCAGCUGGAAGCACCGGAGGAGGCGCCGCAAGCCGCGUUGACUUGCGCGCGUACGAGGAGACCUUCCGCGACAUCCCCGCCUCAGCAGAGUUGCAGAUUGACUUCUCCAUCGCAAAGGGCACGUACCAAACGCACGUUGGCGGCACCUUUGGCUCGCAGGCGCAUGCCCACUACACAGCGAUGCCCCUGCAGGGAACUACCAGCGGUAGCCAUGCUGCUGCAGGCAUGACCCCUAGGCCAGCAUCUACGAGCACGGGCGCACAGGUGGCCAUCAGCAGUGGGCAGUUUGCGGGAUGUGUGCGGGUGCCACUGCUGCUGACCUUGGGUCGCGAGAAGCACCAGGAGUGGCGGCUGCCGCUGGAACGCAAGUCAGGCUCUCAGCGCAUCCGUGGCUAUGUGGUGGUGUCCUUUGAGUGGAGCUUCACCAACGAGGGCUUGCUCAUCCGUGAGGUGGCAGCACUCGAGCGCAUCAUGGCGGAGAAGAUCGAGCUGCUGGCGCUGCUCAACCCGCUGCCAGCUACAGCCACCACCGCCUUCGUCCGCCCACCCGGUAGCAGCGGCAGCAGCAGCCCCGCUGAGGCCGCCGUUGCCGCUAACGGCAGCAGCGGCAGCGUCGCCAGCAUCACGGAGGAAGCCGGCGGCUUUGGUGGUGAGGGCAGGUCGCUGAAUCUUGGCGCCGAGGGUGCCACCACGGCACUACCCCGUGCGCUGCCUGCCAAGCGGACGGCCAAGGCCAUGUCGGAGUCGUACUACGUGAACCUGGAGGUGUCGGUGCUGGAGGUGACGGGGCUGCUGCCGCGGGAGGGUGUGCGCGCCAACAUCGCAGCAUCACUGCAUGGGCGGCAGCAGGCUGGCAUGGUUGCGACUGCUAUGCUGCCCCGUGCGGUCGUGUCCAUGACGUGUGCUGGCGAGAAGCGGACAGCGCCGGCGGGUGUGAACUCGGUGCACCCGCGCUUCCCCAAGAACACAAACACGUUCCAAAACGUGCCGCUGGGCUCAAAGGUGCACAUGCAGGUGUUGGACCAAGUGAGCAGCUCCUACACGCGGCUCCUUGCUGAAGCCGAGAUGCACGUCUCCGACAUCCCCGGCACAGACCCGCUGUAUGCGUGGCUCUCGCUGCCGCGCCGCAAGCGCAACCGGUCGCAGCGCUCGCUGGCGCUGCUGGCGACCAUGGAGGAGGAGGGGGAAGCCGAGGUGCAGGUGCUGGUGCGGAUCAAGAUCCACAAGCCGCAG